AUGAUAUUGGAGCGUCAGAAAGCAGUUUGCGAGGGCUUGUUAGAGCGAGUUGAGAAUGCACUCAUCGUGCUGGAUACGCAGAAGGAGGUGGAGUGGCACCGUCAGCGAUCGGUCUUGAGUGAUUCGAAGCGACGAGUUGUCAAUUCCGGAUUUUAUUUUUCUCCGAGUGGCCCCACACAUCCAACUCUCAUUGCGAUGUACAUCACCGUUCUCACAAUGAAUAUCCUAUACCAUGUACCACGGGAUGGGACUAAGGUCCUGCUUGCUGGUAUGAGAUCGAUAGCAGAAACGGCCCCAGACUUGGCCAGCGUCGCAUCCGAGAUCCCUUCAGAUCCUCGCACGAUAAUUUCCCAAUACCGCUUGGAUCCAGUGACACGACCAUACAUCUGCUGUCCCUCCUGUCAUUAUCUAUUGCCGUACACUCCACAUGAUCAAACCUCUAUGCCUACAACAUGUCCGGGAAAGCCAGACCCUGAUUCGUCUUCGAUAUGUGGCGCUUUGCUCUGUAACACUGUCCGCAUCGAGGGGCAGGAACACAAAGUUCCCAUCAAGAAAUUCCUUCAUCAGGAGAUGGGAGAAUGGCUUGCUCGACUUCUCGCACGGCCUGGUGUGGAAGAUGCCCUUGAGCAUCCCAGUAUCAGCAGCGAUGGAAUACUUCGCGAUAUAUGGGACGGCACCACACUUCGAAACCUCAAAGGGCCCGACGGAAAGCACUUCUUAGCUGGACCAAAGGGCGAGUUGCGCCUCGUCUUCAGUCUCUCCAUCGACGGCUUCAAUCCUUUCCACAAUAAGAUAGCAAGGGCGUCAUACUCCUCGACGGCAAUAUGGCUUGUCCUUCUCAACUUUCCCCCUGCCCUCCGACACUUACCACAGAAUCGCUACUUCGUCGGCGCUUUGCCUGGUCGUAAUGGCCCCUCCCGAGCACAGAUCAAUUACGUGCUUGAUAUCAUCGUGGACAACGCGUUGCCUUUCUUCGAUCCUGGUGUCUGGAUAUCCAGAACAGCGAAAUAUUCCCGCGGGCGCUGUACACGGUGCAUCAUCUCCCCUCUGAUUUCCGACAUGGACGCCGCCAGACAGGUUGCUGGGUUUGCAGACUACCGGAUGGUCGAGAUCUGUUCACGCUGCCGCAUACGGAAGAGAGACAUCCACGAUCUCGACGAGUCACAUUGGCCGAAACGCGACCUGGAGGAGCACAUCAAAAACGCAAAGGAAUGGAGAGAUGCGUCAUCCAAGACCGAACGAGAGGCUUUAUAUAAGAGAACGGGCAUUCGGUGGACUCCACUCCUACGUGUUCCGAAUUGGGAUCCCAUACACAACGUGGAUCUCGAGUCCAUGCACAUUUUCUGGCUCGGUAUACUCGAAUUUCAUAUGCGACGGGCUUGGAUGAUCGAUCCAGAGGCUGAGGAUGGCGAGGGUACAGGCCAAAUCAAUGCCGAACGCUUUCCUCGUCCGACAGAUGAAGAACUGGCACAUUGUACACAAUUCCUCGAAGACGUCAGUCGCGAUCGUCAUCAGACUCUCGAAAGGCUCAAGAGGGUUGUCCUAUGGCACGCAUGCCGAGACCGAGGCAUAGGAACAGCGGGUACAAAAUGGCAACUUGCAGACAAUCUUAUAUCAUGGCUCUCCGCGAGCGAAAAUGCAGACAAAUCAUUCGCACCGAGUGGUGAUAACGAGUCGGCUUUCUCGACAUCGACGAUGACUGAAGGGUCACAGCUGAACUCUGUUGUGUCAGAUCAUGCCAUGGAGGUCGAUUGCGAAGGCGUCGACUUCAAUGCCCCUCCAGGGACGUAUAAAACGAAGGAUGUGCGAGACACUGAGCGUUCGACCGAUAUACUCAAAAAGAUGUCCGACCUCUCAAAAGCAGUGCGAGAUGGGGUAGGUUUCAGGACACUGAGCAGGAACUACAAGGAAGAUAUUUUUCGUCAUCUUUCCUUCGAACGCAGGUUAAACUUUACUCUCACGAAGGAGGGGAUGUAUAAACAACUUUUAGCCUGGGUACGCACCGAGAGAAACGAAGGUGGGGGACUCCCUCAAGAAUCUUCCACCUCCGGCAAUGCGAACGAUCGUAUCGUCUUUGGAAGAGAGACGAUAAGCGCCGUUCGAGAGGACAUCAAGAGAUGCGAGCUUCCAUCAUGGGUGGGGUCUUUCCCGCUCGAAUGGGCUCUCCUGAAGAAGUCCAAGUUAUCUGCCAAUCAAUGGCUGGUCAUAUUCACGGUCCAUCUUCCCUUCACCCUUAUCCGACUCUGGGCUAUUGAUGGAACUUCGGAGCGUCGCAAAGCGAUGUUGAGCAACGCACUCGAUCUCAUACGCGCAGUUCUCCUCGUCAAUCUUCGUGAACUCAGCCCCGCGCAAAUCGAACUCUACAGGAGCAGCAUUCACCGAUACCUCACAACCCUACUCGAAUUAUACAAAGACAUUAAACUUGUUCCCAACCAUCACGCCGCUCUCCAUGUGCCCGAGACCCUGACCGAACUAGGACCAACUCAUGCCCACAGUGCUCCCCACUACGAAAGGGACAUCCAUGUCAUGCAGGAACUCAAUUUGAACGGGAAAUCAGGUGAAAUGGAGUCGACUAUGAUGAAUAGCUCGGGUCGUUCAGCGAACUUGAAGGCUAUACUGUCCGACAAUGAUGCAGUGCGAACGCACGUAUCCAAGAUGAUCACAACAUGGGAAACCGUAUGUUCUCGGGACUCUCGGGGCACACGCCGGGCCUAUCUCGUCGAUCCGACUCACCCACCAACCGUUCUUAUGCAAGAUGGCGAGGAAGAAUUGAUGCCAGACUACUUAUACCGCAUGCUCGUAACGUAUAUGAACGAAAAACAUCACACGAACGCCUACUCUGAUCAGGGCCCAGCCACCCUCCGCCACAUACAUCUCUCUCGCCAACACCUUAAGGCCACAAAGGUAUCUAUUCGUGGCGUACGCUAUUGCACCUCCAACUCCAUCGCAGGCGACAGCAACAUCAUCUUUCGAACUCUAUCCGGAAGGACUGGUGCAGGAAGCGUAAUCAGUAUCUUUGAGCACCGGCAUCACGUCGUCGACAUAUCCAGGGAUACUCCAUUCUUUCCUAAAGGGUUGCACAACUCUCCCCACCUCACAUCGUCAAUAUUCUUGCUAGUUAAGGAAUACUCUUCCCUCCCGGUCGACAGCAACUUCAGUUUGCAGCGAGCCUGCCUCCACGAAGGAUUCGUAGGUGGCUACCUUCGCCAAGACAUACUGGAGCAAGUUCAGAUUAUAGACGCGUCGCAAGUGCUAUGCCAUUUCCGCAAGCUCCCAAUGACGAUCGGCGAAGAGAAACUGAUUCACGUAUAUCCUCUCGACAGGGUGUGUAUGACCGCCAUUUUGCUCCUGUGCUCUGCGUGA